ACACACACACACACACACACACACACACGCGCGUAUACACAGCCUGAAAAUCUGUCAAUUUCUGCCGCGUGGUCACGUGACCUCCUCCUCCGUGGAGUGGAUGGAGAUGGCUCUCCACGUCAGCCUACGUCUCCAAAUUUCUGCUUAGCGAACCUGCUUCAAAGAGGCAAGAGGCACGGCGCUUCAGAGCCAUGUUCAGGGCGGUUAUAGAGGAAUCAAACCCCAACAUAGAGUUAUAGUAGAGGGUGAACUACGAUGAUGGAUUUUGACGAAAGGGUCCCCGUCGGAUCGAACAUGUAUUUGCCCAGUUGCACUUAUUACGUGUCGGCGGGGGCUGAUUUCUCCGGUCUUCCCUCGUUUUUAUCCCAGACCCCGUCCACCCGCCCCAUGACAUACUCCUACUCCUCUAACCUGCCGCAGGUCCAACCCGUCAGAGAGGUGACGUUCAGGGACUACGCAGCCAUUGAAGCGUCCGGUAAAUGGCCGCACCGGGGGAACUUGCCCCACGGUUACCCCACCGCGGAGGACAUGGUGCACCGGGACUGUCUUUCAGCUCAAACCGCCGUCGUAGGGGACAUGUUCGGUAAAAACAGCCCGGCAGCCGCAGCCGCCGCCUACCACCACCACCACCACCAUACCAGCGCCGGCUCCGCUGCCACCAAUUUCUACGGGAACGUGGGCAGGAAUGGCGUGCUGCCACAAGCCUUCGACCAAUUUUACGAAACGGCGUACGGGAACGCGUCGGAAAGCUCCUCCACAAAUGGCUACUCAGGGGACAAAACGGCGACCAAGCAGCCCAGCUCUGCGCCCGAGGACGCACCAUCGUGCAGGGAUACCGAGGCGAAGGAGCAGCGGGAUGAGACGAGCAGCCCGGAGUUAUCUUCCGGCAACAAUGAGGAGAAAUCCAGCAGCAGCAAUGGACAGAGAACCCGCAAGAAAAGGUGCCCUUAUUCCAAAUAUCAAAUCAGAGAACUUGAGAGAGAAUUCUUUUUCAGUGUGUACAUUAACAAGGAGAAACGCCUGCAACUGUCUCGGAUGCUCAACCUCACCGACCGACAAGUGAAGAUUUGGUUUCAGAACCGCCGCAUGAAGGAGAAGAAACUGAACAGAGAUAGAUUACAAUAUUAUACGUCUAAUCCUCUGCUUUAGGGGUCAAAACAGCAUCAUCACAGCUUUCUUGGUCCUCUGCUGUGGGGACUGACUGCGUUUACAGACAGACUGACUCUCCGGCUGUGACUCUCCCAGUGUACAUUGUGUACCACAAUGGCCGAGACAGGAGCAACAACAACACUGCUCAAUGGUUAAUUUCAAGUUCGAGGACAACAGUAUCCUGCGAUCUGAGUUACCUAACGAGUGAGCAUGAAUAAAGUCAGUAUGUGGACUUUGCUUUCGCUCUCCAGACUCUGUUUUGAGGAAAAAAUGUAGAAAAGGAUUUUUUUUGGUCCUCGCCAAGACUGUGUGCUUGCGAGGGCCCAUGUUAAUAUUAUUGUGACUCACAGACGCCUUGUUUAAUUUCCUUUCACGAAAAAUUAGCAGUCGCUAAUUAACUGAUUCAGUGUAUUUUGUAAUCAAAAGAUUUGUUUAACUUUUUUUCUGUUUUUGAAAUCAGAAAAGUGGUGGCUGUAGGAUGACGGCGCCUAUGUGACUUUGAAUCUGUAUUGGUGUGACCAAAUAAUGAGUCCGAACGGAUCAGAAUGUAAUGUGUUUCUGUUUUUGUGUGCUUAUUUAUUUUGUAGCCACUCGUUUACUAUCUCCUUUAACGCCACGGCUAACCAAGUCCAUUAUUACAAGCAGGCUAUUUGGGGUUCCGUGUUGUGUCUUGGGCUGACCUCAAAAGGAGCUUUUGUCGUCUUUCCUGCAGCCUGCGGAAUGAGGGCUAUAAGUAUUUAUAUUUUGCGUAUCUUUCCACGUUCAAAUCCAUGCUGUCCUUUCUGAUUUUUUGGAGACUAUCAGUCGAGUAUUGAUAACGCAGGCCAAAACCAGAGAGAUAAGCUCGUCCACUGGAUCCGUGUGGAGUUGCACUGAGGUACACGCCCAACAGAUUCACACAGGUAUAUGCAGCGGGCCGCUUCGGUCUGAUAUUGAUACCGCAUAACAGAAUAUUUUUGUCAUGACUCGUGAUCCUUUGGUACUUGCAGUCUAAAGAAGAUACAUUUUCAAGUGUGUUGUCAGGGCAGGGCUGGUCAGGGUCAUCGCAUUGAAUCAAUUGCUUGGUAUGCCCAAACUAUUGUGUAUUAUACUAUAUUUCCAAAUAAAAAACAAAUGAAAAGAUAAUUGAAAAAAUACAGUUCUGCGUUUUUAUUGCUCUGUUUUUCCACAAGCUUUUUUCUUUUUUCUUUCUUUCUUUUUUAAAAUGUAGAUGUGUAACACAUUUUGUGAAUCAAAAGACGCACAUGUGAAACAUUUUACG